AUGAACCUAGUCUUUCCAACAGUACUAGUCGGAUACCUACAACAGGCAUCAAUAGUAUUUGUGCAUUCUCUUCAUCUAGCCCUCAACAACCCAGUUACCAACUACAUACCCCUCUCCACAUCUCAAGCGUUUUGUUUGAAUAAUUUACGUCAAAAGCCAUUGCUAAAAUCUGCCUGCCGCAUCAAAAAAACAAUUACUAAAGGGUGUGUGCAGCAGGUUAGAAAGGUUCCAGAACAGGCAAACGAUAGCAGUCGCAGGUCAAAGAUUGUCCGUGGAUUCCUCCGCAGAUCUGGGCGGAAACCGGGUUGCGCCUUGGACAUCUUGCCAGGUCCAAUAAGUAACUAUAAAAACUGUCCCACAGUAUCUACCACACUCAUUUUUAAACUUCUCGAUUUACCUUUCAACCGUCGUUUACCGCAGGCUGUCAAAAUGCGCUUCUCAAUUGCUUCGAUCCUGGCUGUUUCCCCAGCUCUUCUGUCGUCUGUAGUCUCUGCGCAGACGUACUCUGAGUGCAACCCGAUGUUAAGGCGCGACUGCCCUGCAAACCCUGCACUUUCCGGUACCUACGCCCACAUCUACGGGGGUGAAGCAUCAAGCUUUAAGUACCUCGCUGGAAAAGACAUGAUUAAAUAUGGCAGCUCCGACGGUGCCCAUUUUAGAGUAGAGAAGAGCAAGGACUCUCCCACAAUUGUCAGCAACUUCUAUAUUAUGUGGGGGAAGUUUGAGGUUACUAUGAAAGCUGCUCCCGGUGCCGGUAUUGUCUCCUCGAUAGUCCUACAAUCAGAUGAUUUGGACGAGAUAGACUGGGAAUGGCUUGGGGGAAAACCUGAUGAGGCUCAAUCAAACUACUUCGGCAAAGGAAAUACUGCAACCUACGAUCGUGGGGCGUUCCACACAGUCGACAGCCAGGCUACGUUCCACAAGUACGGAUUGAACUGGACAGCCGAAAAGUUGGAGUGGCUGAUUGAUGAUGUCGUGGUUCGUACUUUGACACCUGCUAUGGUGAAGGGCGAUUACUAUCCUCAGACACCCAUGACAGCUAGAAUUGGAAUCUGGUCUGGUGGUGAUUCUGAUAAUGAGCCUGGUGUUAUCGCGUGGUCUGGCGGUCCUACCAACUACAAAGAAGGUCCUUAUGACAUGAUUGUCAAGAAGAUUUACGUCCAGGAUUACUCUUCUGGCAAAGAGUACAGAUACACUGACCAAAGUGGAUCUGCCGAUUCGAUUGAAGCCGUCGGCGGUGAAAUCGGCGCUGGACCUCAAUCUGGAGCCGGAAAUGCAGCAACCGCUACUGGAUCCCCAUCCGCUUACAACGCGCCUUCAAACAGCGGUCGUCUGCCAUCCUCUACAUCGAAAAUCCACCCACAACUCGGCCUCGCCCUCGUCGUCCUCGUCCUCCUCAGCUGGAGCUAA